CGUUGCGAACAAGCUGCUAAGCUUGGCGGUCCGCUGUGUUUAUCCAGACACAGCCAUAAUAAUAAGGAAAGCAAUUAUAAUGGUUUGGGACUGAAGAGGCCGUGUGACGCAAAAUUGCUAUCAUGUAAAAUCACCGAUAACGAUAAGUGCUCGAAUGAU